AUGUCUUCAGGAAAACGUGAAAUUAUUGUUUCUGCUUUGGAUAAAAUCAAACCAACUAAUGCUAUUAAUGCUUUUAUUUUAUCUCCAAAUUGUAUUGGUCCAGGAAAUUGUAUUAAAAACAUUUAUUUUGAAGAGUUAAAAAAAUUUGUUAGUGAAGAUGCUGCUACAAAUUCAACAAUUGAAGUUUGUAAAGAUAUUGAUUCUAUAACUAAAUUUACAAAUAAUCAUCAUAAUCUUGAUUUCCUUUUUUUCAACAAUAUUUUAGAUUGUUUUGGUGCUAUCAAAAAUGAAAAAAAAUUAGAUAUUAUUGUUGAUUCAGCAUUAGUCUCACUAAAAGAGGGUGGUUGUUUUAUAAUUAGAGAAAAUAUGGAAAAACAUACUGGAAAUGAAUUAGCUCUUUUGACUAAUUAUUUUGAUAUUUAUAGAAAACAAAUUGAGGGAAAAAAUUAUGGACUUGAUUUUUAUUCAAUGAAUCAACUUAAGACAUCUGUUUAUACAUCAAAUAAUUUUAUGGAUGUUUAUUGGAUUUUUACUAAAAAAUAUUUUCCAGCCAAAUAUGGAGAGAAUUUAGAGACAUUCAGAGAUUUUCUUGAUAAAACACAAUACCUUAGUGUACAUGUUGCUGGGUAUGAAUUUAUAUUUGGAAAAGAUUUUAUCUCUCCAGGAGGGUAUGAUCAAAAUUAUGAAAUUAUUAGACAUUUUAAAACAAUGAAACCAGGAAUGAGAAUGCUUGAUAUUGGUGUUGGAAUUGGUGGGGGUGCUGUCCAAGUAGCCAGAGAAUAUGGAGUUAACGUUUUAGGAGUAGAUUUAAGUGCAAAUAUGAUUGUAAAUGCUUUUGAAAGAAAUCAAGUUAACAAAGAUUCUCGUAUAACUUAUAUGAUUGCUGAUGCAUUAAAAUAUGAAUGGGAACCAUCAUCUUUUGAUCUUGUAUUUUCAAGAGAUUGUAUUCAACAUAUUGAAGAUACUGAUAAACUUUUUAAAACAAUAUAUAAUGCUCUUAAACCAGGUGGUGAAGUUCUUAUUACAAUGUAUGGUGUUGGACACGGUGAAUUAUUACCAGAAUUUAUUGAUUAUACAAAAAAAAGGCAUUAUUUCUUAAAACAUUUAGAACAAUUUGAAGAGAUUGCCUCAAAAGUAGGAUUUGUUGAUAUUUAUACAGAAAAUAUGACACCAAAGUUUAAACAUAUAUUAGAAGUUGAAUUAAAAAGAUUAGAAGAUGGUAAGGAAGAAUUUAUUUCUAAGUUUGGAGAGGAAGAAUGGCGUGGACAUGUUAAAGGAUGGACAUCAAAAUUGGGUUAUAUUGCUGCUGAUAACCAUAAUUGGUUAUUAAUCAGAGCCAAAAAACCACAAUAA